UCACGUCAGGGUCUGAAGGCUGCAGAUGCUUCGCUUCCACCACGCGCCCUCGGUGUCGUCCGUCCUCGCCUGUUAUCCUGCGUCUGCUCAGAACUCCGCCCCUCCUCGCUGUGAGGCGCACUGAGUUUUAAAUGGUGGUGACAGUUCAAAGUAAGCAGGCCGUCGUGGUUGAGCAGUCUGACCUUUGGCCUUGGCUCGGCCCGACAUUUUGUAAACACGGCUCAGAUUAUCACAUUUUUAUCUGCUCGGGGUGCCUAAGAUCUGGGAUUGACUGUCUUUAUAAUGAGUCUACAUCUGGGAAACGUCUGACAUCAUCACUGAUCAUACAGCAGCAUUCGCUGGUGACUUGAGGGGGAACACAUUUGCAUGCUGGGUAUUUUAAUUUCCUGUGUGAGGACCCUGGGCAUGCCAUUCUGCUCCAAAGCCGGGAGGAAUGAAGCAGGACCCAUCUGCGCCGCGCCUCUGCAACCAUGUUCGGAGCUGCUGAUGUGAAGCUGUGCGGCACCGCCCUCCUGCUGGUCCCGGGAGUGAUCGCCAACGUCUUCAACCUCGGGGUCAUGCUGCGGCAGCAGUGGAGGUCCGGAGGUGUGAAAACUGUGGCCAUCAUCAUCUGCUUCAUCUCACUGGGCAACAUCCUGCUGCAGAUCUCCACCUUCGUGCUCGCAGCCUCGGUGUGGGCCGGGGUGCUCUGUUGGCCGGACCUACCUUUCUUCUUCUGUGUCGUCCUGUUCAUGUGGCUCAGCAGCAGCUCCGUCAGCUUCUGGUCCGUCGCCUGGCUGAGCGUUUUCUACUGCAUGAGAGUUCUGAGCUUCUCCUCAGUUCUUUUCAGAACGCUCAAGGAGAACAUCGCAACCGUCCUGAACGUCACCAUGGUGGUGACCCUGCUGACCUCCUGCGUGAUGUUCACUCCUUUCUUCAACCUCCAUUUCCAAAGCAAAACUCUUCAGAACAUGACAGAAAAGCUGGCUUGUGUCAUCAGAAAGCCUCUGCUCCCCAACUGGGUGGACAUCAAUGUUUAUGUGAUCAUCUUCAUCAGUUACCUCACCCUGAUGCCGCUGAUGAUCAUGCUCCCGACGUCGCUGCGGCUGGUCGUCUACCUCUGCAAACACAGCUUGGCCAUGCAGAGCAGCUCUCACACUGCAGACUCGUACCUGCUCGUCUGUCGGCUGACGGUGGCUCUGGUCUGGGUUUACCUCACCACACUGCUCACCAUCUCCCUCUACUAUUUCCAUGCCAUCUUCGCCUCUGGGCUGAGCGCGGACAUGCUCAUCCUCGGCUUGUCAUUUUACUGCGUGGCUUCUGCGAUCCUCCUCACCUGCUCCAACAAAAACCUGAGAGAGAAGCUCAGAGUGUUAUUUUUUAGAGGAAAGGCAACAAACACGAUGGGCAGGAGGAGUGCUGAAGAUAAGAGUGGAGUAACGGCCACGGUUUGACUGAACAUGUGUCCUGCAUCUCGUUUUGUUGUCUACACACUGAAUUAUGUACGCUUCUUGUUCAUUAAAACUGCUCUAAGUGCUGUCGUCAUUUUAGCUUACUUCCUACCCAUUUUGCAGUUAGCAAUUCCCAGCAAUUCCAGACAGAGGAGCAAACAGGAGGAUCCUGCUCUCAGACAGGACCGCCUAUUUAUGAAGUCCUCUGCCCUGAUUGGAUGAAGGGGGCAGGGAUACAUGAAAAAGUCUCCCCUGUUUCACUGCACAAGUGGGUGGAGGAGAGACAUGGGUCACUGACCAAAUCCUCUAUAACAGUGAUUACUUAUUUUAAUAAAAAUAUAUCACUUACAGCAGCUUUAAAUUAUGUGAAUGUUUUCAUUAAAAACAUUAAA